AAUCAGAGUGAGCAGGGGUGUGUCGAACCGGAGUUCGGGUCUGCCGACUAUUUUCACACGUGAAGGGCGUGUUUCGUAAAAGGAUCUCGCGAAGAGAGACAAGCGGUUACGACGUCCUGGCGGGCUCUCGUCUUUUCCAAAACUUUGUUUUGGCAAGCGUAAAAGGUAUCAUUGAAGGUGAUGAAGGCAUGGACCGUGCUAGCUUCAUUCCAUGAUAUAGAUAUGUUUAAGAUGGAAGGGCACGAGCGAGUCGUGCUGAAAGAAGAUAGAUACAAUCGCAAAUAUGAGAAACGGUAAGCGCUAACGCUCGCUUCGAGCGGACAGCCAGGGCAAUACGUUGCCGUCUCGAGGAGCGCCCGGCGACGAACGGAACCGGUGCCCAUUUUUAGGUCGCACUUCGGAGUAGCAGAUCGCUCGGCCACCGCCGAACGAGGGGAUUUACGAGCGACAGCUUGUUCCCAUACGUUUUCAAGAUGGUAUGGCUGCAAACGAGGAAGCGCAAGAGUCUCCCAUCACCGGGAAGAACGGCAGUGAGACUUCUUUCUCUGUCAUCAACGUGCGCCGAGCUCUUUUCCGACGCGACAGGAAACUACAACCGGCUGCUACUAGUAUCUGCAAGUCGUCUGCGAACGGGAGCAGAUAGCGCCGCUGGAAAGCAAAGUCGAGAGUUUCUCGGCCGUUUGGAGGGAAAACCAAUCACCCACUCCGGGAGAGCGAAGAGCAGCGCAGCGGAAAACACGAGGAAAAUAAGGAUAUCUGACCAAGAAGAUGAAAAUGAUGUCGUCGAAGGGGAUACAGAGCGAGAGGCUGAGGAGUUGCCGGAACUUACCGACCAAGUGGAACAGGACCGCACUGGUGCAGAACGAAGUAGAAGACAUCUCCAACAUGAAGGCCUAGAGCUAGGUGAGAAAAGUGUCGGGUCUCUCUGUUGCUGUAGCAGUACCGAAACUUGCUAUUCAUGCAUGUUGAUAAUGUCUUUUCACAUUCGAACGCGAACGCAGCCACAGGGCCACUUUGCUUGGAGUGUUAGUGGCAAUGAGUUGUACAACUAGCUAAGUUCCACGACGAAGCGGCUGCUGCAUUCUGCUGUCGUGGUAUUGUGAUAAAGCGUAAUUAAAGGAAAAAAACAAAAUUACACCCCAGUUGAGACCGGCCACAGUGCAAUCGAAGCAGCGGACCAUGCGGAGACUGAAAGCAACGAUAACAAGGAAGCUGAAGAAGCAGAAGACGAAACAAGUACAAGCACAAGCUCAAAAAGCCGGACCACGAUUUCAACAGAGGAAAGCGGGAGUAAGCUUGACAACAGAAAGAACAGUAGGAAAACAAAACAGAACGAAGCGGAACAAGUGUCAGAGGAAGAAGAUGCCGAAUCAGAAAAAGAGAAUGCAGCAGAAGAUGCUGACGCAGAGGCAGAUGCUACCGACGAGCAGGAGGAGAAUGCAGAGGCAGAGGGGGCGGAGGACGGUGAGAAAGAGGAUGAAACCGACACUGCAUCAAUAUCAUCAUCGCGGAAGCCGACGCCACAGGAUGACAAAGAAGGAGGAGAAGUCAGUGGCAUCAAGAAAACAGGCCUGCUAGAAACGGAAAGGUCGGUUACUUCACAAGACGAGAAGAAGAAAAACUCAGGCGAGAAAGGUGCAAGUGCCUCUACGGAGGACGAGAAUAUGGCCGAGGAGGAGGAGGCCGGUGAGAAAGAAGUGGCAGAAGUUGACGACGUCAGCAACUCUCCAGAUGAGAAAAAAGUGGUGAAAAAGGAAGACAGCAACAAGCCAGGUGACGGAGCUCAGGCAUCCGCCGCGGAAAAGUCAAAAAAGGAGGAGAAAACCACCAAUGCAGAAGCAGACACAGAGCCUGCGCCUGCGCUUGCGAAUAAGGCAACGAAGCAAACAACUCACUCCGACGCCACAGGGGAUCAGAAAGCUGUGUCCGGUGACCACGAGAAGAAAGAAGGCGGUACCAGUACAAAAAGUAAGCAGAGCGAAGGACUUGCGCUUGCGGCCAAACUGUAUGAGAUGGGGCAGAUGUUGCUAAAUCGAAAUCGGAGUCGACUCAAAUGAAGAUCAUGCUCUUCGCAAUGGAUAUGGAUAUGGAUGCGACUAGUGUUUUAGCUGCGAAUGUUGGCGCUCUUGCUUUGAAGAUGCAGCUCUUGAGGUAGUCGUUUCAGUUAUGAUAGGGCAUGUCGUGGUUUUGAACUUAGUUAUGCACCUCGACAUCCACGAGCUCGAGCAGCUGCGUAAAAAAAAGUCGAUGUACUAGCACCGAUUUUGGUUUCGCGGCAAUAGGAGCAGAGAGGAACAGGCGGAGCAUCAGAAGAGGGCGGCGGCAGGAGCAGUGACGACGGUAACAGAGACAACAACUGAAGGUAUUCCUACAAACGCACAUUGUAGUAUGUAGUUCGUUGUGGCGAGAAUGACUAAAAAUGCUAUUGAGAGAUGAAAGUCGUGCUGAGUCCAAAAAAUGGGUCACCGUCGCAGAUCUUCUUCCUUGAUCAAUUUUCUGACUGCUUUUUCUGCUUUUUACAUGUCUUUGUACUUCAUCUACGACGUGUAACUCUUAUUUACUACUUUCAGAUCCCAUCACUGCCACCAUCUCUGUCAAGUACCAAGAGCUCGCCUUUAAGUCGUGUGCAGCGGAGGACUUGACUACCAGCACGCUCGAGGGGGACCUCGGACCAAAUUACCCCCACAAGGACAUGGACCUGUUUUACGCCUGCUCGGAAAUCUGCAAGAAGGACAUUUUCUGUGGCGGCUUCUUGUGGGAAGACUUGUCUGGCGAGUACCUCUGCAAAUUGAAAAAAUCGUUUUUCGGACCCCAUUAUGGAUUGGGAAUAUGUCUGGGUCUACUAGAAAGUUGCAACGCAAUGUGUACAUGAAGUGGUCAGCACCAGCUGCGCUACAAGCAUGAUCUCAACAUUGCAAGUCUCGCAACGUCCCAGGAGGUUCAGACAUGUUUGCAUUUGAUAUCCAGCCCAUUUGGGCAAUGUGUGGCCCAUCCUCUUAUUAAGAAGUGCAAGCAUGAUGUUGCCCCACCCACCCCCAAAAUGUUGCUGGAACGCAUAAUCAGAGCAUUGACGGAUGCAUCUUCGGGAAGGCCUUGAAAAAGCAGGAUUUUAUGACGCCUCCUCAGUCUGACACUGCCUGCGUGUUAGCUUCCAUGGCAUUUACACCUGCAAUUUGGGAGGAUAUUUACAUCAAGCGGUACACUCAGCUCACAUGAUAAAUUGGGAGCGGGUGCAAAGUGUGUGUUUGCGCUGCAUACUACCGUUACGACGUACGUGAAGGUGGUUACCUGGACGAUGCAGGGGGAUCGAAAAGCCAUGUAUUUUUUUUGCGUAAUUAUUAUUAUGUAUUUCUGUGCUAGUGCUGUAGCUGUUUUUCUUUUUUUGCUCGAUGUAGUUCAAGUUGUUGUUCAGCAUGUACAUGUGCGCAACUGACUCAUUAGCUUUUUCUUGUGCUCGCCCACAUCACAGUUACGAGAACACGGACGAAGUGAUUUAUCUCAGGAAAAAAUUGGGUCAAGUCGAUGUGUUUAAUAUGGAGCAGUCGCGGGCGUGAGACUCUGUUACGACUACGUAUGACUAGAAAAAGGAAUAGGAACAACUUAUGCCUCCACUCGAAAUAAUUAGAACGUUGCGCUGGCCUCGGCCAGCAUUUUUUGUGGAUACUGAAGCUCGACGUGAGUGUGACAGCGCGAGCGCCAUAUUAUGAGACUUGCCUCGACGCGUUUCCCUCGCAUACGAUCGCGCUGUCGCUUACUGGGACUACAACUGCAGCACCUGUACAACGGUAGUUUCGCGCCGCUCCAGCUCUGCUGAGGAGAUCAAACCCGGCUACGUACCGCCAAAAUACCACCGCUCUUGCCCUGACACAGCAACCUUGAUUCAACUCAACCUCAACUUCAGGGAGUACCAGAACGCAACCGAAACUCCACUUCCUGCAAGUGCAAGGCCAUAUGCAGAAGCUAUACCAGAUGCAGCACUUCCAGUGGGCUUGUCAUUGUUGUGCAAAAUGUAGAUGUACAAUUUGAGCAAUUUCAAUUUCUAUAAUCCUAUGCCAAUUAUACCAGCACCUUGACCCUUGCGCGACGCGCUGUCCCCAGUGUUGCUUCCGGCCUUCACUUGUAGGCAGGGUGCUAUCUCAUAUUUGAUUGAGACAGCGAGGAAGCGCCGCAAUCAAAAACUCAAUUAUCGUUCACAAUACUACAAACAGUUGCAACAACAGUCAAUCAAAUUCAGAGAAUACAGUUACAGAUGGGAGAAAAGAUCCAUAUACUCUACGCUGAUGCAUUGAGGUCUGAUCUUAGCGAGAUGGUGCAACGCAUAGUACAUAUUUCGAAACCUAACGAGCAGAAGCAAUGAUUGCAACGCCAAUGCCAAUUUCUAUUUAAGGGAAAUAAUCAUGACGUGGUCAGAUGAUACGAAAUGAGUUUCGGCUUGCCGAAUCUGCUACAGAGUAUCUUUUUACACUUUUACCAACGUUUCAACUUUUAUGCGAAAUUUGCCGCACGGGCACGUUUUUUCAUACGCUUGCUCCAAAGGUAGCAAUCCAAUCAUCAAAACAAAAAAUGAACAAACUGUAGAAUAUUGUGUUAAAAGUUUCAAGGACGCUAUCACGGCAAAAACCAACAUGAGUACUAGAAUAUGUUGUGG